CAGUACAAAAAGUGUCGGCGGCCAAGAGAGACUAAAGCUCGCGUGUCCUGUAUCCUUUCUGCGGUUGUCAGUGUGUGUGGUUGUGUGUGCUUGUUUGUGUUUGUGCGUGUUGGCCAAGAUUGCGAACCAAGAGGAAGUCAGUGACAAUCCGCUCGCUUGAAACAGGUGCUAACACAAUCAAAAUACAUUCAAGUGCUAGAAAAUAUAAACGUUAAAACAAUAAAAAAGAGAAGUCAGCUAAGAAACUAGGCCAACCGAGGCACAAAGUUGAGCUAUAUAAAUAUUGCUCAUACGCCACCGGCACCGUCACCUCUCAUUCAUUCCCCUCCCAAUUAUCAGUUUUGAAUGAGCCCAAUGAGUGGACUACGUCAACAGCUGAAGAUGCUGGGAACAGCUUUGCUGGGCAAGCGGGCCACCAAGUCUGUCAAGAAGAAACCAUUCACAGAGGUGGAAAUCAAAGAUCUACGCACAGCAUUCGAUCUACUAGACAGAAACCGUGACGGACGCGUCACCGCCAACGAGCUGCAAUUUAUGCUAAAGAACCUGGGUAUUAAUGUGCGUGACGAAAUCAUACACGAUCUCAUACGUGAGGCGAGCCACUCAGGCAAUGGCUUAAUCAACGAGGCCGAGUUCCUGCAAUGGGUCGGCAGGAUCCAGGCGCUGCGGGACGACCAGCAGCAACCCGAGGAUAGUGCCAGCAACAGCAAGCCGGUGGACGAGGCGGAUGAUGUCACCGAGGACUUGAUAGCCGCAUUUAGAGUAUUCGAUCGUGAUGGCAAUGGAUUCAUAACGCGCGACGAGCUGCAGACCGCCAUGGAGAUGAUUGGCGAGCCCUUGAACGAGCAGCAGCUGGAACAGCUCCUGGUCAUCGCCGACUUGGACCAGGACGGGCGCAUCAAUUACGAGGAAUUCACGAGACUUUUGCUCUAAGCAAUUUACGCCCAACUUGGUGGAGCAAACCAACAAUUUCGAGUGGAAUGUGCAGGCCGAGUUACCCCCUUCAGCAUAAUUGUUAAGCUAUUAAGAAUAUACUCAGACAUGCAGAAAAUAAUAAUAAUAAUAAUAAUAAUGCAACUGCAAGAGUGCGGAAAAUAAUUGUUUAAAAUUUUCUACAACAAAAAAUAUGAAAACUUAUUUAUACAAGGGUUUGAUAAAGUGCAAGGCAGGCCACACACACACACACCCAAACAUUAUAAACUUUUUAGUUACAUCAAAAACACCCACACAACACACACACACACAUACAUAUGUAAAUUAGUUUCAAAGUUUCGACGAUUGUAAAAAGUGAAAAUUAUUCAUUUUCUCUACGAAUUAAGUUAAUGGAGGAGCAAAGAGCAAAAAGUUUAAUGGAAAAUUGUAGGGUUAUUUUUGUAGACGAUUUGCCACAAAUUAAAGUAAUUGUUUCAACACACACACACACAGACAUAACAUUCAGACACACACACAUAAACAUAUAAAAGCAUAUUCGGAUAAGUCUGAGCGCGUGAGUGAUAUUGUGUUUAGGGUGCUGCAAAAACAAUGAGCAGGCAUAAAGAAUAAAUUAAAAGGAAAUAUGAAAAACAUACAAUAAAAGCAUAUAUCUAAAUUUGGAGAUGAACAAGAACAGAUUCAUAUAUUUGUAUUUUAUUGUAGUUAUGCUGCUUUCAAUGUAUGCGUGUUUCAAAUACCCCCAAAAACAAACAAAAAUUGUUUCAAACUUGUUAGACCUAAGGAAAUAAAUGUUAACACUUUAUAUAAGAAAACAGUAAAAUUUAAUUUUAGUUUUGGGAAGUUACCUAAGGAUAACGGCCAGAUUAUACAUAUAUAAAAUUUUAAAGGAAAACAAGAGUAUAAGUAACCAAAAGCCCAAGAAAAGGGAAAACUAUUUAAAAGCGGAAGUUGUUCAGUCUAGUCAAACUUAUAGUUUGUUAUUUUUAUUUCCAUUAUUUCCUCUCGAAAUUAAAGUCCAUUGCAUAUUGCCGUCCCAUAGAUAAUUCAGCAAAGAAAACUAAUUAAUUUUUUGUAUAAUAAUUACUCAUCGAUUUAAGGCAUUGCGGUUUCAGCAGAUUCAUUUUCUACUUAUUUCGAAUAUUCUUUUUUUAUAAAAAUUUAGAGCAGUUGGAAAACUACAGAAAUUCAAACAAAGAAUAUAUAUAUUUAAUAAAAGUGCUCUUUUGAAACAUCAGUGAACAAUGAGAAUUAGAAAGGAAUAUAUAUAUAUAUUUACAUUAGAACCUUUUAUGGGUAAAGUUGGAGCAGUGCAGAACAUAUAAUGAACGUAUUUAAAUCAGGUCAAAGGUACAAAUAGUCAAAUGGGUAAAACAAGGAACGCAAACCACAUCUUUUGUAUGGUAUUUACAACAGAACAGCAACGGCAAAGCAAAUUAAACCCAAUUUAAACCGAAAAUCAAAACGGAAAACCGAAUCAAAGCUCCAAGAUAAAUUCUUACUAUUAAAUAUGGAAUAUACCCGAUAAAUGUACUUCAAUCUAGUAGUUUUUUAUGACCUCUAAAUGUGCUUAACAUAUAUGCAGGACUAUAUACAUACCUACCCAACAAUAUACUAUUAUAACACGAUUGCUGUUUAUGUUUACGAUCGAACUACAUACAUAUGUACUUAAUAUUACCUAUAUAGUAUAUGUACUGGAAAACACGAAUUACACAACAACUAAGACAUUAUCUAUAUGCAUUACUAAAGUGGUAGAUACAACUUAUUUGGUUUAGGUCUAUUAAUGAUUUCAUAAUUUAUAAUUGCGAUUUCGAUUCGGAAAAGGAGAAGCAAAAUAAUAAAUAACGGUACACCAACGCUCAAUAAAUGUUUUGUUAUUUAACUCCCAA